UGGCAACAACAAACCACUAAUCAAAAUUAAUCCAACGCUUAAUUCACUUUAAGCUUUCAAGUCAAACCAAACUCCAAUUCUCCUUAUCCUGCGCACUCCACCGGCCGGCCGUCUCAGAUCUAACACUCGUCUGAAAACCGAACCACCGCCGUCAAUUUUCAUAGAGAAGAAAAUUGGGAGGGUAUUCCUAAGGAUUUGAACCAUGGGCUGCUUUGGCUGCUGUGAUGAAGAUGACAUGCAUAAAGCCGCUGAUAAUGGAGGCCCGUAUCCUGUUAAAAGUGCAGCAGGGAAUAUGGGCGGCUAUCAUCAAUCAGACACGGCACAUAAGGCUCCAGCUGUUAAAAUUCAGCCUAUUGAGGUCCCUUCCAUCUCAGUGGAUGAGUUAAAGGAAGUCACAGAUAAUUUUGGGACAAAUGCUCUUAUUGGAGAGGGCUCAUAUGGAAGAGUAUAUUAUGGUACUCUUAAAAGUGAGCGAACUGCAGCCAUCAAAAAAUUAGAUGCAAGCAAACAGCCUGAUGAUGAGUUCUUGGCGCAGGUUUCCAUGGUAUCACGACUAAAGCAUGAAAAUUUUGUACAAUUGCUUGGUUAUUGUGUUGAUGGAAAUACUCGUAUACUUGCCUAUGAAUUCGCUUCCAAUGGAUCUCUUCAUGAUAUUCUACAUGGAAGAAAAGGUGUUAAAGGAGCACAGCCUGGUCCAGUUCUUUCUUGGCAGCAGCGAGUGAAAAUUGCUGUUGGGGCUGCAAAAGGCCUUGAAUACUUGCAUGAAAAGGCUGAUCCGCAUAUUAUUCAUCGUGAUAUCAAAUCCAGCAAUGUUCUGAUUUUUGAUGAUGAUGUUGCAAAAAUUGCAGAUUUUGAUUUAUCAAAUCAAGCUCCAGAUAUGGCAGCACGUCUUCACUCUACCCGUGUUUUGGGAACAUUUGGUUAUCAUGCUCCUGAAUAUGCAAUGACUGGACAGUUGAAUGCAAAGAGUGAUGUAUACAGUUUUGGCGUUGUCCUACUUGAGCUUCUGACUGGGCGAAAACCUGUUGACCAUACAUUACCUAGAGGGCAGCAGAGCCUUGUGACAUGGGCUACACCAAAACUUAGUGAGGACAAGGUUAGGCAGUGUGUUGAUGCAAGACUUCAAGGGGAUUACCCGCCUAAGGCAGUUGCGAAGAUGGCAGCUGUUGCUGCCUUGUGCGUGCAAUACGAAGCAGACUUCCGGCCAAACAUGAGUAUAGUUGUGAAAGCUCUACAGCCCCUCUUAAAUACCCGGCCAGGACCAGCUGGUGGCGACACUCCAAGCCAUUAGUUCUUCCUCUCCGUCCGCUCUGUAUGUCUACUACUCUGAUGCAAAUAUGCCGUGGGACAAGAUAAAAUUAUUACUUAGUGUAUUAUUUGGAGCACCCUAUGCUUCCAUUACUUAUGUAUUUCAUUUGUUCAUAAUGCGUGAGGCUGUUUCUGCUGGUCAUUUGUUACUUUUUUUUUUGUCCAAAAAUAUUUAUUUUUUGCUCUAAUUUCCUUAACAGAAAACCAUUCAGUUUGGUUUUGCUGUCUCUAUCUAAAGAUGUGAAUGCAAAAAAUGCUCUCUUAUCCA